AUGAGCAGCUGCCGCGGCGUUCUGGUUGCUGGCGUAACGAACAGGGCGCGGACGCAGAUGGCCGAGGCGUUCUUGCGGGCCUUCACUGGUGGCAGUCUUUUUGUCUGCAGCGGGGGUGUGCACCACCUUGGCACCGUGCACCCAUUGGCGGUGGCGACCAUGGCAGAGGUGGGCAUCAAUGUCAGCCAGCAGUCCUCGUCUUCCCUGGCUGGCGCGUGUCGGCAGCGCGGAACGUACGACGUCUACGUCAGCGUGGAUGCCCCCUACACGGAGCGGACGAGUGACUACUAUCAGCGUCGUUACACCGACACGCAGGCUGCUCAGCAGAGUAUGAUUGGCGGCACCGGGUUGUCGGCGUCGUUCUCGUCUUCCACUUUGACUUUUUCCGAUCCACUGCUGGCGUUGCCGGUGCCGGCGCACUGGACGGUGGCGCAUGACACGGCGGACGGUCGUCAUAGCUGGACGUUGUGGAGUCCGCGUGACCCCACCAUCUACCACGAACGCUCGACACGAAAGCUGCAGGAUCACCUGUACGAGGGCGAGCCACUCUUUAUGCGUGUGCAGCCCCACGAGCUGCGCAAGGCGUGCCGAGUGCAGCGGCGGUGGGAGGUUCCAGCGCUAGCUCACCGAUUUGCACUAGAGACGGAGGCCGAACAGAAGGCGCGGUUUCGGCGAGCACGUGAUCUACUCGGCUCCCUGGCCCUUGCGCUUGUCCGUGACUUGGAGCGGGAGUACGGCGAGACGAUGCUCGAUGAGGCCACCGUGGCUGCCUAUGAGAAGGCUGCGGCGACGGGGUGCUGA